AUGUCGCUAAAUAACUCAAAGGGUAAGGACCCUACUAAGAGGGAAUCUGACAAACAAUUCUUUGCCGACUAUACAAUGCCUGGAGGGUUUCCUAUAUUCCUUGACGACUCGCUCGCUGCCCGUAUCAAGUUCGGUGCCGUUCUACCUCUGCAUCCAAAUUCCCCUGGAAGAGUUUCACAACCUCAACCCAGUGUUAUUCCUUCUCCCAAGAAGCCGGAUAGAGACGUUGAUAUGAGUACCAGUUCACCACCUAUUUCUCCAAUCCAGUCUCCCAUUCAAUAUCCUGUUCAGUCCUUUGAUGGGAAUGAACUCGACCGCGAUGUCGAGACGUCAGAUUGGUAUUCUUCGGAACUGUGGACCCGCCAAAAGGUUAAGGAACAGGAAAUUAAAGCUUCCAAGUUGAUUGGCGACUUUGACCGAAUCAAGGCUACUUUGGAGUACUAUUGCGCCAAUGACCUACAAUUGCAUUCUAAAUGGGUUCGGAUUCUCGCAGACCAUAUCCUAUUGCUCGCUGAAUCGAGGGGACAAUACUUGAAUAUUGCUGUUGCAUAUCAUGUCUCGCAAUUACAAGCGUCCAAGUACCGCCAACAACUCGAGGCAUCCAUUUUAGAGAGCGAAGCUAAGAGAGCCUACGAUGAAGAGAUGGAGAAGAAUAAGAAAGGGAGUAUGAGAGGUAAAAGCAAGAUUCCGAGAACGGACGACGCCUCCAUUUCUAAAGGAACCCAUCCUUUGAGCAAGAAAGAGUCUGGUCGGAACAGCAUCCCCGAUGAUAUGAUGCCGACAAAGGACAAGAAGGAGGACUUAAACUUCAGAUUGGUCGGCCCGGACGACUUUCUUAAAACCCUCAAGAUGUCCAAAGUAACAGAGGCGGACUAUUUUGAAUCCUUCCGUCAACUUCGAGACGAUAUCUUCCAUAUGGCACCAUCCGAUGGCCAGAAGACCCACAGGUGCACAGCAAUUCAACGGCCUCUCGUGGAACCCAUUGAAAAUAUAGAAACCAAAGAAGCACUUCAGGAUUACGAUCGAAUGGAUACCGAUAUCCCCAAAGUUCCUGGCUACUUGGACAGCGAUGAAGAAUGCACAAUACAAUGA